AUGAGCAUCACAGAUGUCCUUAGUGCUGAUGACAUUGCAGCAGCCCUGCAGGAGUGCCAAGACCCGGAUACUUUUGAACCCCAAAAAUUCUUCCAGACAUCGGGCCUCGCCAAGAUGUCAGCCAGUCAGGUGAAGGAUGUUUUUCGUUUCAUAGACAACGACCAGAGUGGGUACCUGGAUGAAGAAGAGCUGAAGUUUUUCCUCCAGAAGUUUGAGAGUGGUGCUAGAGAACUGACUGAGUCAGAAACCAAGUCCUUGAUGGCGGCUGCAGAUAAUGAUGGAGACGGGAAAAUUGGGGCUGAUGAAUUCCAGGAAAUGGUACAUUCUUAA